GUACUGUGCUGGUUGGCUUCCGGCCGCAUGGAAUUCUGGGUAGGAAAGUGAAUUACGAGUCAUCUCUUCUGUGGGUGUGGCGUUACUCUUGCGUAGGCGGUGUAAUCGACAGUGACAUAUCGUGUAUACCCGCCUUGGUAGCGUAGUGAAUUGAACCUGGAUGGUCGUAUUGUACUGCGGUGUUAGAAGGCAUUCAACUUCGAGUGAAGUGGCCUCUACAAAAGGGAAGUAUCUGCCCGUAUACAUGUUGAAAUGUGGGACCAGAUCAUACGCGGAUGGGAACGAAUGUAUGGCUACUUUUUCACUAGACGCGUCGUGCCUGAAUUUGACGAAAGUUCUGUGGACUUGUUUGUAAAAGUUAAGGAAAUCAACAAAAGAACCCUUGGCAAGCUUGUGAUAGCGACAGUUGGGCAUGAAGGGCAAGAAAACAACAAAGCUGAAGAAGUUUUAAGGCGACAAAUACAAACCUGCAUAUCCAAAGUUCCUAACUACUCACCCGAAACUUGGAAAGAUGCACGUGUUUCGUUCAUCUGCAGGGAUGGGAAAGUGUUUGUUAUACAGUCUGGCUGUGGAAGGAUGCAAUUCAUGGUUCGCUUGGAUGGAAAAGAUAGAAUUAAAUUUGUGGAUUUCAACUGAUUUUGAAAUGAAAAAAUAUAUACUCAACAAAAUAAGAAAGUAUGCAAGUUUCAAAUUUGGUUUUUUCAUUGCUGUAUUUCGCCUGGUGUUUCAAAUGAUGAAAAAUCACAACAAUGCACAAUGCACAUGUAAAUCAUGCGUGACGCAUGCAUCUAUGGUCCUGAGGGGAAUACAAUGUGAAGGCACUGAAAAAUGUGCCAAACAUUAAACGCAUGACGCAUGAACACUUUCGGAUUGAUCAAUUGAUAACGUGUAUUAACAAUAAUAAAAAUCACAAGGAAUGGAAUCUGACACUCAGAAAAGAAGAUGCCACGAAUAUUACAUAAGCAACGUUAACGGUUGUUGGUAUGGAUGAAGCAGGCGCCUCUGUCAGUGCAGAUGCACAUCGUUUCAUUGUUACCAGGGCAACCAUUCUCCGCCUUCUUAACCGCCUUAAGAACACUAGAACAACCAAUGGCCACCCUCGGACGGACGGACCAAGGGUUACAACUGCUGUGCAGAGUUCCGCAAUAUUGGUAAGGAGGAUGAAUGUCUCUGACCCGACCAUAAGAAAUCGUCUGUGUUGUCAAGCGUGAAUAGACGUCAGAGGAGGAUCAAUACUGAUUAGGUUCAGAAUGACACUAUUUGUAACUUGUGAUUUGGGAACACGGGUGGCCCAGUCGUCUAAGGCUCUGCCAUAGGAUGUGCAGAGCUGCGUCCCUUGGGCACGCCAGAAACGAAUGGUUGUAAGUUCGAAUCCCGAAUCUAGGUUUGUCAGCAUCAUUCACGUGCUCGUGAGUUUUACAAAAGUGGUAAAGGUCUGAGACAUGUACCACUUCGGGCUUUCAUCCUACAUUUAUCCGACCCGCCGUGAUAUUACUGGAAUACCAUACUGUUAAAAGCGGCGUUAACCCAACCCUCUCGCUCAUAUGUAACCUUGUCUUCCGAGGGUGCAUGUGUUUGAAGGCACGUCGUUUGGACUGUGAGUGUCACAGAUGAACUGACCAUGAACACUUGCCAUUUUAUUGCAACGUGGUGCUUCUACAAUUGCUGUAUAUUCUUUACAUUGAAGUUUCUAAUGCAAUAAAUUACGGUCGACUUCCCAUGGUUCUUUUUUGUUGAGUAUAAUAUUCUCGAAAACUGGCUUCCACAGGUGAAAUGGCUCAGGUGAUAUUUUAAUCCAUAGUAUCCAUUGGUUACAUGACAUCAAAACCCAGUAAUGACAGCUCUAUUCUCAGCCACUAAAUCUGCUUAACUCUAUUAUUUACACUUUUAAUU